AUGACUCCCCCAAUUGCCAUCCUCGGUGCAGGCCCAAGUGGCCUAACACUAGGCCGACUCCUACAAGUUGCCAACAUCCCUUUCGUCAUCUUCGAGCAAGACGAAUCAGCAAUUGCCGCGGCCACUGUGGCCACCGGGCGAGGCGGCGCGCUCGACAUUCAUGCUGACUCCGGCCAGAUCGCUCUCAAGGAAGCUGGCUUAUUGGACCAAUUUAAAUCGAUCGCGCGCUACGAUGCGACAAUCACGGUUGCUAAUGCAAAGGGUAAAGUUUACCUCAAGGUCGAGCACGAGGGUGGUGAUAACGACAAGCCGGAGAUCGACCGCAGGGAUUUAAGAGCUCUCUUAGUAAACUCUAUUCCAGCGAACAGGGUCCAAUGGGGCUUCAAGGUUCAGAGUGUGCAAAAAGAGACCGAUGGGUCGAUGUCCAUCCACUUUCAAGAUGGAAGGAUUGAAUCGGGUUUUAAACUCGUAGUCGGGGCGGACGGGAUGUGGUCUAAGGUUAGAAGUCUGGUGACAUCUGCCAAGCCCCAAUACUCGGGCAUAUAUUACUUGACGACGGCUAUCCAACCCGAGAGUCCUUUCCACUCCUCUGUUGUGUCGCUAGCCGGAAAUGGUCUCUAUAUGGCUAUUGGCGAUGGGAAGCAAAUUGUCAUAUUGAAACUAGGUGAUGGUUCAUAUUACAUUGGCUUUGGCCUACGCCUUCCGGAAAAUUGGAGCUCGGAGCAAGCUGCUCUUAUCAAGGACUCCUCAGCGCUCCGGCAAUGGCUGCUGAGUGAUGGCUUCGCCGACUGGCCGGAGGCCCAUACGGACGUGAUUCGACACAGUGACGGAGACUUUUAUGUUUGGCCUCUAUACGCUAUGCCGACGGAAUCACUUUCGUGGCAAACUGUUCCUGGGGUUACAUUGAUAGGAGAUGCUGCGCACGUAACAACACCAUUUGUCGGGGAAGGCGUUAACUGUGCCUUGUACGACAGCCUCCGGCUAGCCCAACAAAUCAUCAAGCACGGACUGGAUGAUCUCCAUCGUGCAGUGUCAGAGUACGAGGCAUCAAUGCUUCCUCGUGGGAUUGAUCUCAUCGAGAGAAGUACGAAGAGUGGGGAACUUUACUUUGCGUCGGAUGCACCUAAAGGUUGGCUCAAGACCUUUGCUGGGAUUGACAUUGCGUGAAGAUGCUCUAGGAGUUGGAUGUUCGUUAGGAAGUAGCCCAUAC